AUGCCGUGAAUUUAUUACACUAAAAAUGUAAAGUAUAAGUAACGAUGGGUGAGUCUAACAUGUGCAGAAAAUCCAUGAAAAGCAUAGAGACAAAAAUUGAAAUGGAUGAAUCUGAAGAAGUAUCCCACUUCCUGAAAAACAAUCUGGAAAGUGUCACGAAUGUAAGUCCAGCGGUGAAUAUAAGCACAACAAGGUUCCCCUGAUGAUUCCAUGCACGGUAGAUUUGUUCCUGUACUUCAAGACAAAUAAUAUCUAUCACUUGUGUUCUACUUUUUUUCCUUUUGCUAGUCAGCAAUCUGAUGCAUGAUUAAUUAGUCAGUUAGUCAUUAUAUUCGAUGUUUUGUUUUUUUCACUUGAAACACAGAGGUCAGCAACCACAUUCUGUGAAUUGUAUCCUGAAGUAUCUUUAGCAGCAAUAUUUUCGAUAAAGCUUGCAACUCGACACUAAAGUCGAAAAAUAAUAUAACAGCAAAGUAUGAAAAACGGACCUGUGUGACAUCAUCCACAUGGGAUUCCUCCAGACAAGAUAGCAGCUUUCCACUUCUCCAGUCCCAAAAUUGAAUCUACAUCAAGUAAACAAGAACAAAACCGCAAUCAAUAGCCACAUAGAGUCCAAGAGAUUUAUAACAGGUUCACGGAUAUUGAACUCAAUGGCAUAGCCAAAAGACUAAAGUUGUACAUUAGUACAGAGUGACGAAAGUAAUAAACUUAUGAAAAUCAACCACAGUCAUUGACAACAGAAUCUAAGCAUAAGAAUAAAUAUUUUUUUAGAGAUAAAGUAACGGUGCUGAUGAUGUUGUAAAGGAGAUAAAAUGGUCGUGAGAUUUUAGCAGAUAGACACAAAGUUAUCAGGAUGUAAACAAUAAAAAACUUUGCAAGCCUUGUGCAACUUACAACAAGAAAAGACAAAGACUAUCUUAACAAUUUAUACCUGUUCAUUACAACCAGCUGCAAGAAGGUUACCGGUUGAUCCACCAACAGCAAAACUGUAUACUUCUUUGUUGGAGCCAGCCCUCAGUAAGGAGAUCUAAUACAUCCAACUUAAUUAGACAGAGACAGGAAGAGAAUGCAAUAAAAAUGACAGCUUAUGGUCCUUGCAUAAGCCUCACAGAAUUAGUGGUAUUUAUUAAGUCUAACAAAUUGAUUUUACCAAUAACAAUACCACACUUCACAAUUUUAUAUUAUUUCAUAUUGAUUUUAUGCAUCAUUUUUUAGGCCAAGAAGUUCAAGUUUUAGAAAGUUAAAAUGCAGUAAAUAAGAUGAAAUCUUGCAACCGAAAAUUAUUGGCCCAAGAGCGGAAAAAAUGAACUUUAUGUGAAGAGAUUCAAUCCAAAAACUGUAUAGACCAUGGGGUCGAGAAUUUCAAAAAGUUAGCAAAAGGGGUACAGAAGAUCUCAUAGAAACAUGAACAAAUGUGUUGCCAAUCCACCAACAUGUAUUGAUAUAUUACAUUUACAACAUAAAUCUGAGAAUGCAGAAGAUCAACCAUUUUCGGCAUGUUCAAUCGCUGCUCAAAGCCAAUAAAGCUUACAAUGCGAUUAAAUCAUUCCUCCGAACUUUCUAGAAAGUUUUGCAAACCAUCGAUUGUUUUUUUUCUCGGUCCUUGUGUUACAAUGGCUAGCAAGGCCUGCUGUUAACAAGACUUACCUGAUGUUAUGAAGGUUUGGUAAAAACACCUUAGGCAAGCAAACCUACAGGUUGCAUAGCCUAUACAAGUAUCAUUGGCGGCUUGUAGAGUGGAGUAGAUCUGAAGUGAACCAAACCAUUAUAGAUCUAUCAUAUAAUCCCGUGAUAGCCCCUCGUCUCAAUCAGCUUCAUUUUUUUUUCAUGUGAUUCGUUUAUGAAGUAUUCACUGCCUUCUAGUUGAUAACUGAAAGCAAUGGCCGACAAUACUGCUAAGAUUUUCAGCCAACAUAACUUACCAGUUCAAUUCUUAGUCAAAAAUAAUAUUUAUUGAUGCGACCUGGCUCAGUAAGCAUAUCUGAAAAUUAGUUAGCUUAAACACACUUUUUUUUCCAAAGCACAUAGAUAAUCAUUGGCUAACUUUUUGCAAAACUAUUUGCCCCAGCAACUCUUUUAAAUAAAAGGAAGACAAUACACAUGCAAAGCAACUCCAGUGCUUAA